UGUUUUUCAAAAUUGUUGUGUAAUAUCAAAAUGGGGUCUCCAGAAAUUGCCGCUUUUUACGCGGACGCCUUGGUCAGGUCUGAACACAGAAAUAGAGAAUGGAACAAGAGAAAUUUACUCAAUGUUUUAGAAGCCAAUAAAGAGAAACAAGUCCGCGAAGUAGAUGCUUCUAUAGCUUUGGCUAAGAAAUAUUUAGCGUUAUUAGAUGAACCUCGAAUUUACGCAAAGCCAGUACCACCGCGCGAAUUAGUUCAGUCUGAAGAAUGUACCGAGAUGAAAUUUGUCGAACCUGAAGUUGUCAACUUACUGUACGGUAGCACAGAGAAAGGGUCAACGUACCGAUAUUUGAAACAAAGAUAUAAAAAAUCACCAGAGGAAAAGUUCAAUUACCGCGCGACAACGAGUUGUGACUACGGCUGGCAACAGAGCAAAUCAAGAUUACCCGCUAGAGACGUUAAUAAGGGACGUUGUGCCUUACUGCGCGACACCUUCUAUAGAAAGAAUAACCUCGCGCCAGAUCCACCACAUUACUCUGAACCUAUUGGGGGAGAAUUCUCUAUAUGCAGUGUUUAUUCAUGCAGUAGUAAUUAAUUUCUUUUUAUUCUAAAAAGCUAAACAACAUUCUCUUAUAAGCCAUACAAUUUUGUUAUAAACAUAAAAUAUCUUAAUGCAAUCUUAAGAGCUUUUUCAUCAUGUUCAUACUUAAGGAAAUUAAACAAAACUUUUGUAAUUACAUAAAUAAAACGAUACAU